CCCUCUGCACUGCUGUGGGACUCUUGCCGCGUCACUGGGAUGCGGUCGCCGGAGCCGGGCGUCUAGCCUACCAUAUUGGCUCAUAUGCCCAUCGCCGAGAGGGACCACUCACCAUUCCCUCUACAUAGCGAAGAUGACAGCUCCAUCCAACCAAACCCAUGCAGCGCCGCAGCAACAGCGCUUCCUAGUGUUGUUCGACUUUGAUGAGACCAUCAUCAAUGAGAACAGCGAUGAUGCUGUGGUGCGCGCUCUACCAGGCCAGCAGCUUCCUGACUGGCUGAGAAACAGCUACAGGGAGGGGCACUACAACGAGCACAUGCAGAAGGUCUUGGUUUUUAUGGCAGAGCAGGGCGUGUCUGAGGACGCCAUCCAUUCAGCACUGGAGAAGAUCCCACCCACACCUGGCCUCCCGACCCUCUUCCAGUAUCUGCAGCGCUUUCAGCAGGACUUUGAGCUGGCGGUGGUCUCCGACGCCAACACGUACUUCAUCGAGACCUGGCUGGAGCGAGCUGGGGUGCGCCACCUUUUCACCAAGAUUUUCACUAACCCGGCAAGUUUUGACGCAACUGGCCGCCUUGUUCUGCUCCCCUUUCACUCCCACUCUUGCACCUGUUGUCCUGACAACAUGUGCAAGCAGGUGAUCCUCCGGGAGUAUCUGGCGGGCCGACAAAAGGAGCGUGGCGGUGCUCCCUUUCAGAGGGUAUUCUAUAUCGGAGAUGGGGCCAAUGAUGUCUGUCCCUCUCUGGCUCUGGGGCCCCGGGACACAGCCUUCCCGAGGAGGGACUUCCCCAUGCACAGGCUGCUGUUGGAGAUGUCCCAGGCAGCCAGGCUCAAGGCAAACAUAGUGCCUUGGGUCAGCGGCGAGGACAUAGUGGACAGCCUGAAGACAAUAAUGGAGGAGAGAUGAGGUGUGUUCCUAACUUUAGGCUACUUUUGGGGACAUAUUUCUAUUAAAGGACAGUUAAUUGGGGACGGUUUGUCUGAUUGGAAAACCAAAAGCCGUAUUCCCAUUUGGGAAAAAGAUGAGUUUUAGUUCAUUGUUUAAGGUCAAGUUAAGGUGUGAGGUUUGGCCAAGUAGUGGUUAGUGUGAGGAUAAGAUUCCAGGACAAAAAUGUAAGUCAAUGUAAUGUCCCCAAAAGUGAUCUAAGUAAGUAAGUGGCUGCAGGAUAUGCAUGAUUUUACCACCACAACACUUGGCACAAUAUAGUGUGCAUUUAUUUGAAUCACCUGUUUUUAAAUGAAUAGUUUUUGGAGAAAUGGGUUUUGGAAUUUACUUUCUUGUGAAGUUAGAUAUUGUGAUGUCUGCACAAUAAAUAUGUGUCUGAUGUCAGCAGCUGGUUAAUUUAGCCGAGCAUAAAGACUUAAAAUAGGAGGAAACAGCUUGCUGUUUCUCCUUGUUUCCAGUCUUAAUGCUAAGCUAAGAUAUCCAGCAGCAUAUUUUCAGUAGACACGAGAGAGUGUUAUAGGUCUUCUCAUCUAACUCGCUGCAAGAUGUGAAUAAGUGUAAUUUCAAAAAUGUAAAAACUAUACCUUUAAGGCUAGCCUAAACACCUAUUAUAAUGCUAAGUAAUAGGUGUUAGUAUGGAGUAGAACUUGAUUCCCAUUUGAAUGCAAAUAAAUUAGCUUUCUUGUCAAGAUAAUCAUGAUCAAUAAUAGAGAUAAGCAAAAUAUGGUACACGUUCUGCUUUUUGAGUCUGAUCAAAGAUCAGAAUAGAUCUUAACCAAAGUUGUGUCUAGUGUGCUCUGGAGUGAGCUAAAUCAAAUGCAAUCAGCUCAUUUUAACACCAACCUAUUCAAUAUGAAUGUCAUUUAAUUUACAUUUGACUAUCUCACUGUAUGUGACAUUUCUGGUCAAUCCUAGCUGUGGAGAUUUGUGUCACAGGUACGGUGUAGAGAUUUUAGUGAGUGAGAGCAACAGCUUGAAUCUACUCCACUUUUGUGUUGACAGGCUUAUUUUUUUAAAUCACUUGAAACUGCAUUCAAGGACCUCGCCGACUGACACAUGAAGCAGGAUCAGGUGUCGUAGCACCGCGUGGGACAAAAGUCCACACGUGUCGACGGCAUCGAGCAGAGAUAAGAUGUCAGAAACCCGUGCACUCUACCUGUGCUCUCUCCACCACUCAUUACUGAUACCUAAUCUAGGGCUUGAUUAUACAACAGUAAUCUACACCAGCAUGAGAUCCAAAGGGAACGCUGUAGCCAUACGCUUGCAACAUUCUACCCUGUGACUCUGAAACAAUGAGAAAAAGUCUAAUGCAAACUACCAAUUGAAGAUUUUUUUAUUGUAUUUGUGUCGAUAUUAUAAGCUAGCACUCACUGUACUUGUACCCUUUUAAAACUCACAGUGACUAUUAGUAUUGAUAAAAGGUCUCUGUUUGGAUUGAGCCUCUGAAAAGCUCUCUUUAUGGUUGAAUGUAUUCCCAGUAAACAAGUUUGUUGCGAGUGAGUGACGAUUAUCCUCUAGUAUACUUGCAAACGAAACUCAACACGUAGCCUCAUUCUGCCUCACUAAAUCUAUGACAUGGACUUGAAAAUAUAUUUAAAAAACAAGGAGCACUUAAACAUGAUGGUUUACAGGGGCAUUCAUAAUUUGUUUUGAUUCAGGAAAUAUUAAGUUUUUUGUUUUGUUUUCCCAUCCUGUUUACAAAAAGCUGUUUCAAAUAUGAUUCUUAUUGGGCAUGUGUACUGUACAUUAGCAGAUUGUUGCAGCCUGUUUAAGGUCUCCAUGUUAGUAUACAGACAAGUUAACACUCAUGUUGGUCCCGUCUAGUGACUUUAGGCCAGAGGUAGUAUGAAUAAUUGAGUGUAUAUUUGUAUUCAUUUUUAUCCAUAUCCAUAUAAUGAACAGCGUUUUAAGCCAUUGCAGAUAACAAUAAGAAAGUUUGUGUGCUGAUGAAAAGCCGUCAAAAAGACAAGUAAUACUUGUUAAUUGAUGAAAAACUUCUAGCCUUAAAAAACAACAUUAUGCUGUAUAAGUGCUGGAAAUUUCCUUUACAAUGUUUUAGUUUCUCAGGGAGUAGAAACAAAAGUAUUAACAAGCAAACACAAUGAUAUAUGUUUAUGAAAUAUGUGUAUUUGCUGCUCUAAGAGCAAUAUGUUAAUUUAUGAUUUAAAAAGUAUCGAUCUUUAAUCAAUGCAGCUGGAGCGUGAUCCUGAAACUCUUUGAGAUCAAAUCUUCAAUUAAUGCUUUGUGAGUAAGAGACUAAAGUCACGUGAGUUUUACUCCUUUGAAUGCUAUGAUUAUUUAAAAAAUGUAACGGGGUAAUUUAAUUUACUUUAACUGUCUAUGUACCUGUAAAACUUCCAUGGAGUUUUGUGCAAUAAUGAAAUGCUGUAUUCUUGAUAUGAUGUAAAACAGGAAGGAAAAACGUUUGACGUUUUCAGGGAUGUGAAUCAAAACCAGAUCACCAAACUAGUUUUUUUUUUUUUUUCUGAAAUUUUAAACUGGUAUUAUGGCUUCACAACAACCAAAUAAAAUGAUGCGUUGUUGGGACUGCUUGACUAAUAUGCUACCUUUUUUGUUGCUGUAUCCUGGGUGUGAGUGUUUGUAAUCAAAAUCCAGUUAUGUGUGUAAAGCAUCUGUGUAACAGGGAUAUAAAGCCAUUAUCUGAUUUAAUUUGUUUUUGUUGUGUGUUUCACAGCCGUGACGAUAAACUACUAGUUUCCUCUUGACGAUCAUUGAGGCUCAUCAUAACUCCAUGUCUGCUCCAUUAAAGAAUUAUAUGGAC